AUGAAGCCUAAUUUAAGGAUUUAUAUAGAAAUGCAGUAGCCUAAGAGAAACUUUGAUUUGUAUAAACUCAUUACAGACAAGUAGAUAGAUUUUUAAGUAGCUGAUUUGAUUCAAGAUGAGUAGUCUUCAUUUGUUUCUGUACGCAUUUAUGGUCAAUUUAAAUGCUUUGUACCAAAAAGUACUAUUUAAGAGUAAUUAGAUAAAAUAAAAAAUUUAUCUAGUAAAGAAUUAGCUAAAAACAAAAUAUUUAAAUUUCUCUCUGAGUACAAUAAAAAUAAUUAAAAAUAAGAUGAACUAUCUCAUGAUUACUAUGGAUACUUUAAGGUUUAGUAGCACCAAUUUAUACUCAAUUUAGAAAAUGCUCAAAGAGAAGCAAGCUUGGCAGUAGAUGAUUUCUACUUUAUUAAUGGGAGAAUUUAUAAAACUAAUCACGAUAUUUUGAUUCUGCAAGCUCAUCAUGUAUAUUAAAUGCAAAAACCUACUCUUUAAUUGCUUCAAGCUGCGUCAGAAAUUAAUCAAAAUUGA